AUGAACAUAUUCUUAUUUAUUUUAUUAUUGAUUCCAACAAUUUAUUCUCUUGAAUUAAAAAAACUAUCAAUAUGUCAAACAGCACUAGGCAUGCAGUCAGGCUCUAUUCCUGAUUCAGCUAUAUUAGUAUCUAGUAGUUCUGAUUCAAAUACAGUUGGAACUAAAGCUAGUCGAGCUCGAACGGAACAGUAUGGUGGUGCAUGGUGUCCAUUGAAUAAAAUAACAUCAAUACCAAAUGAAUGGUUAGAAAUAGAUUUUGGAAAUUUAACUUAUUUAACACAAGUUGAAACACAAGGUCGUUUUGAUAAUGGGCGAGGAAAAGAAUAUGCUGAUUAUUAUAUUUUAAUGUAUACACGAGGAGAAAACAUUAAACAGAAUGAAACAAUAUGGAUUGAAUAUAAAUUAAAAAGUGAAAAUACUAAUUCAACAUGGAUACGAGCUAAUCAAAAUACUUAUAUUGGAGAAAUUCGACAUUUAAAUCCGCCUAUUGUUGCUAAACGACUUCGUUUUUAUCCUGUUAGCAAACAAAUACGAACAGUUUGUAUGCGUGUUGAAGUUUAUGGCUGCUUAUUUUCCGAUGGCAUUGUAUCUUAUUCGAUGCCGCAAGGACGUAGUGAUAUAAAUUCUUUUGGUGAUGAUACGUACGAUGGAGAAUAUAUUCGUUCUACAAACAUGUUAACUAAUGGUCUAGGUCAACUAUCAGAUGGUAUAACAGGUACAGAAGAAAUAUCAAUUAUUGAUGGCCAUCAACCGUGGAUUGGUUGGUCAAAUGAAACAAAUUCAUAUAUAACAAUAAAAUUUCAAUUUGAUUCUAUUCGUCAAAUAAAUCGUGUUACAAUACAUACAAAUAAUUUAUUUUCUAAAGAAAUUCUUAUAUUUAAAACUGCAGUAGUAUCAUUUUCAAAAACUGAUGAUGAAAAAAGUUAUUCAAAUGCAAUUAUCUAUGAACAUACUCGUGACGAUAUAUUUGAAAUAGCUCGGCCAAUAUUAAUUGAAUUAAAUAAUCAUGUAGCAAAAUUUGUACGUUUAGAUUUAUAUUUUGAUUCUAAAUGGUUAUUAAUUAGUGAAAUAACAUUUGAUUCGCAAAUAUACAAUGAAAAACGUGAACCGAACAUAGAAAUUAAAGACAAGAUUCUUAAAAAAUCUUUUAAUAUCGGCCAUGAUUUACGUAAACACUAUCGAGACAUGCAACUAACAACAACAUCAAUGAAUUCAUCUAGAAAAAUGUCAUCAGUUAUUACAAUUGAAUUAUCUUUAGCAUUUUUUAUUGGAGCUUUAUUAGUUAUUAGUAUACUAGUAAUUGUUUCACUUUUAUGGAUACUUCAACGAAGGAAAAAAUUAAAAUUUCAAAAAUUAACUGAAAAACCCUGUAAUAAUUCAUCAUGUUAUGCUUAUCCGACAUUACCAAUACGUGAAUUUCAUGAUCUAAAUGGACCUAUUAUGAGUGCUAUGGAUGAUCGUGAAUAUACAGUACCAGAUAUAAAUUUCUAUUCAACAUUUUCUCCUCAACAUCCUAUAUCUAGUCCUCAUCUAAUACGAGCACCAACAUUAAAUUCAAAUAUGAUGAGUCCAUAUCCAACAUUGAAGCCAGCUAUACAUUGUUGUGUUCAUCAACAACAAUAUCAACCUUUGUAUCAAUCGUCACCGAUGAUACUUUCUGCAAUAGAAGACAUACCACCGAUUGAAGCUAUUUGUGGAAAUAAUUUAAUGAUUACAAUUAAUCGAAUGGUAGACAAUAGACAAAUAUCAAUAAAAGAAAUAAAUAGUGAUGAUUUGAUUUUUAUUGAAAAUAUUGGUCAUGGAUUAUUUGGAAGUAUUUAUUUAACUGAAUUAAAAAUAAUUAAUAAUGAUAAUAAGAUGGAAAAAAAGAGUGUAAUUGUUAAAUCCUUAAAUGAUAAUGCCGAUGAAAAGCAUAGAGCGUCAUUUUGGAAAGAAAUUGAAUUACUUUCAAUGUUGAAAAACUCAAAUGUAUGCUCUCUAUUUGGUAUUCUAAAUUCACAACGAACAGUAGCCGUAUUCGAAUAUUAUUCACUUGAUUUAUAUCAAUAUCUUCGUCAACAAUCUAUACCAAUGGAUAAUUAUUCAGCAUCAAGCUUUUUACUUUCAUUAGCAUGCCAGAUAGCAUCCGGAAUGAAAUAUUUAUCAUCUCUUCAAAUAGUUCAUCGAGAUUUAGCAGCAAGAAAUUGUUUAAUUUCACCUACAGAUUAUCAGGUACACUUGACUGAUAUUGCUAUGGCUAAAACAGAAUAUGUAAAUGAUUAUGCAAGAGUUGGACAACUUCAAUCUCGUAUUGCUAUACGAUGGUCUGCUUGGGAAUCGAUAUUUUUUAAUGAAUUUUCUUUGAAAUCAGAUGUUUGGUCUUUUGGCGUCACACUUUAUGAAUUGUUUACUUAUUCACGACAACGUCCGUAUCAUACAUUAACAAAUGAACAGUUAGUGCAGCAAUUUGCUGUUCUAACACAUGCAGAAUUAUCACCAUCUGGUUUCACUAUAAACAAUUUUCAUUUACCACAGCCAGAGUUAUGUUCAAAAGAAAUCUAUGAUAUGAUGUGUGAAUGUUGGCAAAGAGAUGCUUUACAUCGACCAUCAUUUGCUGAUAUACAUGCAUUUUUACUUCGUAAAGCUGCUGGCUCAAAUUUGCCAACAUCACUUGAAUCAUAG